AUGCCGCGCGCGCGCGCCCCGCGGGCGCUGGCCGUCGCCUGCCUGCUGGGCGCCUCAGCGGCGACCAGGGCGGCGACCAACGGCACCGCCACGGCGGCGGCGGACAGCGAGGCCGGGAGGGCGGUCGACGCGGCGCUGUCCGCGGUGCAGGGGGCGCUGCUGCUGUCCGCGGCCCUGCCGCAGCACGACGGCCCCAGGCCCAGCAGGCAGACCGAGGAGCAGAUGAGCAGGGCGGGCAGCCUCGUUUACAACUCCUACCAGCUCCUGGCCUCGGCGCAGCAGCACGUGGAGUUCGCCCGCGAGCAGCUGCAGGCCGGAGACCACGCGGUGGACGUGGCCCCGGACAUCGCCUCUGGCGACAGCCUCGUGCAGCUGGCGAGGGCGAGGCUGACGGAGGGGGACUCCCUGUCGCAGAAGGCCCGGGGGGACUUCGUGGGGGGCACGCCGGCGGACGGCGCCGACCCGCUCGGCCCUCCGCCCGAAGUGCCCCGGGAGUGGGACAACGUGGACAAGAUGCUGCGCCGCUCGAGGGCGAAGCUGGUGAUGCUCCAGGAGACGGUGCAGGAGGCCAAGAAGCUGGCCCGCAAGGCGGGCCAGAAGCUCCGCACGGUGAGCGCCAAGGACGCCGCGGCUCAGGAGGAUCGCUACGGCGAGCAGCAGGACGCGAAGAUCCUGGACUUCCUCUCCAGGUACUGA